AUGUCGGAAACUUCCUUAAAUGGAAUCUCCGGUGAUCGGUCGGUAGAUUUUCCGGCAUCAGGCACCGAAAUCACCGGAAAUGCUGAUCUUUUGACAGAGAUUCUCCUCCGGUUACCCCCAAAAUCCCUUUUGCGAUCCCAAACCGUCUGUAAAUACUGGUUUUCCCUUAUUUCAAGCCAAAGUUUCCGACGACUUCAGUGCCAGAGAAAACACAGUUCCGGAAAAGUUGAUGGACUCUUUUUCUGCUGGUGGGUUUAUGGAAAUGACCAUUUGGAGUUCAUCCCUUUCAAUGGCAUGCCUAAAACACAAAUGAAUAUGAUUCCUUUAGCAUUCAAGAAUCUUGCCACGUGUACAACUUCAAAGCUUCAAUCUUUACAUUCUUGUAAUGGAUUGUUCUGUAUUAACUUCAACUUGGGUGCUGAAAAUCAAGUAUGCUAUGUUUAUAAUCCCAGUACAAAUCAGCAUAGGUUGAUUCCACUUCCAGAUACAAAGCCUUGUGAGAUUAUGGUAAUGAAUAUGGCUUUUGAUCCUAUGGUUUCUGAUAGUUAUAGAAUUGUUUGUGUGAUGAAAUCAAAUGGGAUUUAUGAAUUUUAUGUAUAUUCAUCACAAUCUGGAAUUUGGAAAGAUUCUAAGGAGAUAUUGGAUAUAAAGCAAUACUUUUUAGCUCAGGGUGUGUUCUUGAAUGGCUGUAUGCAUUGGGUUAGUGAAGGUGGGUUGUUUAUAAGGUUCGAUUUGGAUUCUUUGUGCUUUAAAACUAUGCCUAGCACUGUAAUUCUUAAUGGCUUGUUGAAAAGGAAUAUAAGGUAUUUUGGGCAGUCUGGUGGACAUUUGCAUCUUAUUGAGGUACAAAAUUUUAGUUCAAUGAAUUUUGAAGUUCUCGAGUUGGGGAGUGAUUAUCGUCAGUGGUUUGUGAAGUAUCGUGUUGAUCUUAGUGCUCUGCAUAUUGCAUAUCCACUGAUGUUGAGUGAAGAACUUGAUUUACUAGAUGUGAAUCGUCGAACGUGCAAUAUUGUAUCUGUUAUUGUCGAUGACAAGGAACAGACAUCAAGAUUUUUGGUAAGCAUGCCAGAAGUUAUUAUUGAAUAUGAUGCUCGUCGUAUGACUAUCAAGGAGGUUGCUGAUUUAGGGACAGCGAAGAUUUCGGUCAUGUGGGAAGAUGUUUCGGUGUUUGAAUGGUAUGACACCCACCAAUAUGUUGAGACAAUGGCUUGUGUCUGA